AUGGAUGCCGUGACGCCUGUGCUGAGCAACGCCCUUCCAGAGCUGCGCAGGAUCUACAGAGUGGACAUACAGAGGGCAGUGCCGGCAGUGCCAACGCUAGACCGUCGCUCGAGAUGGCAAGAGGACCAUCGCAGCGGACAGAGCCAAGGACGGGCUGAGAAGAGCGGAGGUUCGGUCUCCAUGCAGCGCCUCUGGGUUCGGUCCCUCUUCCUUUUCAGCGAUCGAUCCGUGGUGGAUCCUGCGCUGGGUGCCGCCCCCGGGACCACCUUCGGCUUGAUCGACAGCCGACAGCCGGCGAGAGACCGGUCCUGGCAUCUUUGUUGCGGAGAUCCCGCGCAGAUGGGCGAAGAAAACGAUCCGUGGGACCCGUGGGAGAGAGAUGCUGGUGCUGGAGCUGCCCAGCUCUUGAGCAUUCCAAUCUUGGAAGCUGGAGGAAACGUUGGAGGAGCAGCGGCCAGUGGUGACAAGUAUCCCGAUCCGGUCCCUGCGACGAUGAACGCCGUCACGUUCAGGACGAUUUUCACCAAGAUGGACUUCGUCGAACGGAUUCGAGAAGUGCGCUACCAGGGGAAGUGCCCCCGGGUGCUCAAUGCAGAGGUCUCUUUUCGCAGUGAAUCCGGAGGGCGAAGUCCAACGGCUUGGACCAGUUUUGAGGAGACCUUGUUGAUCAACUCUUUCUACUUGCGCUUUUCACAGAAGGCGCGGGCGCAUGGCAUCAAAGUGACGUCGCCCGUCUGCUCGCAGUGGACCCAGAAGUACAAGCCAGAGGCACCGAUGGAAAAGCGUUCCUACGAAUGGUAUUUUCCAGAGACCAAGCAACGCCUUCAUUUGGGCCUGCAUGAUGCCAAAGAGGAGGAGGACCUGUGGAUCUUCCUUCGCCAGCUCACCGGUCUGGAAGACCUGAACGCUGCCAAGGAGUUCAUCUGGAACAAUGCUGGGAAGUAUGGCUUGGAGGCCUUCCGCCGUGAGGAGGUCUCGUUGGUCCUGGGCUGCUUCGUGCGAUGGUCCGAGAAGGCUCGCAUGAUGGGUCUCCUGAGCUCCACGAAGCUGCGCGCAGUCCAUAAAGAUGGAAAGAGCGUGGAGUUUCUACUCUCAAACGGCGAGAAGCUUUGGAUGAGUUCGGAGGAUCUGAAGGAAGAAGAAGACCUUUGGACGUGGAUCUUAGAUUUGAGCCGCGUGCCAAUGCAAUCAUUGGUGGGAGCAGAAGAAGCUCGAGAACAUGAUCCCUGGAAGGAUGGCUCAUGGAAGAGCAAGGCCCGUGAGAUGUGGAACCGCCCCGUGAGCGACAAGGUGGAGGUCGUCUCCACGCCGAAACAGGAGGCCUGGUGGGAAGACAUGGCCGUCCGCGAUGAGAAGGCCAACCAAGCCACACAGAGCACUCAACGGUGCUGGAAGUUUGAGCAGGGCCGAUGCCUGUACGGAGAGAAGUGUCGCUUCUCUCAUGGCGAGGUGCCAACUGCUGGAAGUGGUCAGAGAGGCUGGCGGCGACAGUCCUGGGCCAACGGCAAGGUGGACACGCACAACAUGAAAUCUUUCUGGGGCGACGGGUGA